AUGGCGGUGCAAAUAUUCUGUUACAUAGUAAAAGAUGGCGGCUGGAGUACUUGCCGCAGUGUAAAACAUGGCGGGCUCUUGUCUUUGCCGUAUGCAUUUUCUGACAGGUUUUGCCACAGGGGCAAUAUGGCAGACCUUGUCAUUUGGUUAUCAUGGCAGUUUAUCACGUGGACGUCAUGGCGGGGAUUUUUGCCCGGUACAUUCUUGGCGGGCUUUGCACCAGGUGGACCUGCCUUAUUGUUAAAGAUGGCGGGCGUUGUCGUGUUGCCGCGAAAAGUGGGAGAAAGACAUUUCACCUUUUUCUCAUUCUGGCUUUCCUCCUGCUUUUUCUACUAUUAUCUCACAUUUCUCUUUUCUGUAUAUUUUUUCUGUCUCUGUUGGGCCAUUUUCUCUUUCUUUCCUGCUCAUUCAUCUUUGUUCUUUGUGAUUUUCCAUUUCAGCAUUCAUCUCUGUUCUCUUGUUUCUUUUCUGAUUUCCCCCUUCUGCUUACCUUUGAGUGUAUCAGCCCCUUUGUAUGUCUGUGUUCCCUCCUCUUUGACUUUAUGCCAUCCUCUUUCCUUGCAUAUUUUGUGCAUCUGUGUGGUCAUGUGUGUGUGUUUGUGACAGAGGGGUUUCCUAACCCCUUCCCAAUAGGUACAGAGUGCAGCUAUCAAAAUAAACAUUGCAGAGCUGUCAUUACGCCAGGACACCCUGUGAGAUGGAUGAUCCAAGACCUAUGAUGGACAGAAGGUGGAAGGCCCAUAAUGGAUUGAAGGCCCAAAGUAAAAAACAAAUGGUUUGAGACUUGAAACCUGAAGACAGACAUGGAAAAACCUGUGUUUCAAGAUAGAUGGAAUCCUCAGGCUUGAGGCCAUCAAAGCCCUGACAGCUGUGAUGUAAAAAGGUGGCUUUUGUUGGAUAGAACACCUGAUUGAGUUGGAAGGAAAGUUCAGUUCUUGAGUUAGACAGAAGUCCAAAGACCCAGAGUGGGAGACUGUAGGCCUAAGUGUGGAGACCCAUGGAAGACCUGAGACCUAAGACACAAGGUCUAAGAAUUCAGAUAAAAACCUAAGAUCCAAGGAUGGAAAGCUCUAGACACACAUAAAGACCUUGCAUUCCUGCUUAUCUAGAUGGACCGAAGGCCAAAGAGAGAACGAUGUCUCAAGACUAAAUUAGGUUGGAAGCUAGAAGCCUAUGACACAGAAUUUGGGAAGGAUAGAAGCCCCAAGACCAAAGGAAAUCCUGAGAUGAGAACACUAAACCCCAUCUUUUUUUCUUUUGUUAUCCUCUCUACCCUUGGACAUUUUUAGUUCUCCCUUUUUAGUUCUUAUUUAAGUUCACUUCUUUUGAGGAGCCCUUUUUGAUGUUGCUGUUACCUUAAGAUUACCUUUAGAUUGGCAAUAUUAUGCUUGGGCCAGUUUGAAGCCAGUUUUUAUCACAGUUUUGAGCUAUUAAGUGUUUAUUUUUUAAAUUUCCGUUUCUCUUCACCUCCACUUGUUGAAAGAUGCAUUAUAGGUAACAUUGUAUUUCAGUCCUCCCUUUUCCUUAGAAGCUCUAGCCUGAUGAGCAAAGGCAAGCAUCAGGCUUUUGGGGGAAAAAGUCCCAGACUAUCUAGAGGAAAUGUGAAGAGAUGUUCCAGGCCAAUGAGAAGAAUUAGACAAGAAACACCCAGAUGUGCUAUACUGUUGAGAAGCACCAACCUGCAACACCUUUCUUCUUUGAGCUUGGGUGAGCAGGAUUCUUGGGGUUUGGGAUUCCUAGUAAUGGUUACAAAAUGAAUGAUUGGGUCUGGUAUGGAGUGAAGCCCCAAGGAGACACUUUGAACCCCCUGCUUAUAGUAGUGGCCUAAUAUUUUGGUAGAUUGUGCCAACACUUCUCCUGGAUUUAAUACCCACCUCUAGGCUUAAAGGUGAGAGAACUUGGAAAUAUUUAGCAGGUUUAAUCCUACCCUGAUUUCCCUCCCCUUUACCGUAAUUUAAAUAACUGAGAAUAUAUGUGAAAGCACUGUAAACACAGAAAAAAGAAGGCAUUCUCAUUAAUAGUAUAUUGGCAGUCAUGCACAGCUAACAUUUAAAGUGCUCUGUCAGUUGUUAAGCAUUAUGUAAAUCAGGAGUUAUCACACUACACAUAAAGGGUCAGAUGGUAAAUACUUAAAGUUUUGUGGGCUAUAUGGUCUCUGACACAUGUUUUUCUUUUACAACUCUUUAAAAAGGAAAAACUAUUCUUAGCUUGUGAACCAAGUAUAUUUGGUCUGGGGGGUCAUAGUUUUUAUAACCCCUGAUGUAAGUACCGGGGACUAUGUGCUGAAUAAUAAUAUCAUUUCUGUGUGUCGGUCCCUGUGCACUCAGGAUGCAAUAUUUAUUCAUGAUUACAUCCGGGUGACUUGAAGAAAAAUACAUGAAUGUGAUUUAUAAACUAUAAAACAUUUAAAGAUUAAAGAGUUUCAGAGUUGAUGGAUGAAUAUUGAUUACAUAGUAUCUACAUUCUAUCUACUAGGCACUAUAGAUACAAAGAUUAAAAGAAGCCUGAAUAAAGUACUUUGUUAGAAGUAUGUAAUACCAUGCAGAUAUUAGGAAUUGUUUGAUAAAUGAAUAACUCCUAUAUUUGUGGCUAUUGUGUUUCUGCUACUCUGGUAAUUUUAAGCAAAAAUACGGUAUUCUGGGUAGCAGAGAAGCAAAUGCAUGGAAACUGCUUUGAAACCAUAAAAUAUACUGCAAACACAGGGUAUUAAGCUGUUGUGAGCACUUUACCAUACCAUUUUCAAAGGGAAAAGAAGUGUUCUCAUUAUGGAAUUAAAAGUUUCAGAUUGUGAGGUGCAUAUUAAAGUGCCUUAUAAACUAAAGCAUUAUAUACCAGUGGGUUACAUGUUUAUGAGUAGAUGAAUAUUAAUUGCCUUUUAUGGGCCAGUACUGUUUGGGUACUGUGAAAUCUAAGAUAAUGCUCUCAUGUAAUAAGAGGUUUAUGUCCUAGACUAUUUAGAUGUAAGGAAUUAGAUAUUGCUUGUUUUAAUCAAGACUUCACUGGUCAUGUCAAAUUAAAUAAUCACCAGUAUAUUUUCCCAGGUGAAAGGAAAAUGUAAUGAUUGAGAUUGCCUUUGCACUUUUUAUAGUGCUAUAUAAAUCCAAGACAUUAGCUGUUUCUGUGUAAAUAAAACUGUCUAUGCGAUAGGCAUUUUCUCUAUAAAAUUCUCAUUGUGUGCUUGACUGUGAUGAAGGUUGUAUAAAUAGCUAUACAAAUUGAGGGUUUAAAUACUUGUUGAGUGAAUGAAUAUCAUCAGAUGCUUACUAGAUAAAAAUAUAGGCAGUAAAGAGAUACACAGACUUACCAUUUCAUUGUGCUUGCAGCUGAGGAUACGGCAAUACAUGUGUAGUAUUUUAGGAACUCUAAAGCACCAUAUAAGUCUAACUACUUAUUUUCUAGUUUGGUGCUGAGUACUAGGAUUAUAAAAUUAUAUCACAGCCAUCAUUAUACUAUGAAGAAAGUUGAAAAAUUUUUGAGGAAAAAUUGUUAACUAUUGAACACUGAAUAUAAUAUACAAAGGAUUAAAUAUCUGAUAAAUGAAAAAUGGGGUAAUAAUUGUCUAUUAUGUGCCACUGACCUUGCUUGUCAUUGGAGAUGUGAAGAUAAAUCAUCUUUAUUGUGUCCUGGGUAGCAGCAGAUAAUAUAUAAAUCAGUUUAUAAGUUUUGCAUUGCCAUACAUAUAAAAACAAUAUCUGCUGCGUGAACAUUGAUUAUUUUGUUUUAUCCCCAGAGAUAACAAGUGGGGAUAUAAUAGUUCAUUAUCUGUUUAAAUUUACACAGCCUACUGUUCUAUAUAGAUAAAAGGAAAUAACUUGGCUUAAUGAAUGAUUAGUGGUUACUUUCUGUGAGGCUCUGAACUGUGCAUGCCCUAGGAUAUGAAAAUGAUUUUAUCCUCAUGGGGUGUUCAUUGGAGGAAAUAAGGAAGUAGGUGGGAGAUCCAGACUAGAAGUUACUUAAGCACUGCAAAGCUUAUUUAAUAAAAACAUGGGGAAAAUAGAAUUGUGCCAGGAAGUAUGCUAAAUGCUGACCUCUGUGGAAAGAUAAAAUCUGAAUCAGAGGUGUACUUGCUCCCUGGCCUGGCUGAAGAGAUGGAAAAUAUUUUUAAGAAGCAAGGUGUUAACAAUUCUCUAUCAGUCUUUAAAAUGCUGAAUGCUGAAUGUAGAGAUGAAUUCAAUCUACCCUGGCCUGGCUUGAGUCAUUAAAGGAGUGAAAAAUAAAUGGCUCAGGAGUAAAAUCAAAUGGCUUUGCUUUUAGAUUCAUUUGAUAAAUAGAGCAUCUUUCAUGUGGAAUAAUAUAUCAUUGUAGGUCUUAAGAGAAGUGAAAUGGGCCAAGUCUAAAGGGCAUUAGAAUACCUAUUAUAGAUGAAGAUAAGAAAAUACUGAGUUUUGAGCAAAUAUUUGAGUGCCUGUUUUUUGGAACAUAUUAUGCUAGAUAAAUUAGUUGAGUGGGUCUCAUCCAGAAAAUGCAUGUUUACAUGCCUUAGAUAUGAAAAAAAUUGAAAAAUAAGACAUGGUUCUUUUAAUAUUAAAUGAAGAAUUAUUCCUAGUUCUAGAACGUCCCAGUGUCACUUGCUCAUUGAACUAGUUUAAAUCCAGAAGGCUGAUACAAGGGUGCUUAGGGCUUGUCUUUUAAUUCAUUACUUUCAUAUCUGUUUUUAUUAUAGAUGAAUGAUAUAAGAUGAGAAUUAAGAUGAAAUUACUGGUUUUAAAAACAUUUGCUCACUGCCCUGGCUUAGAGUCAGGAAGCAAUAGAUUUUUUCCUACAUUUUCCAUAUUUUGUGCAAAAAAUUAUUUACCCUGAAUAAAGUAUGUUCUCAAAUGCUGAGAAUUAAGAAAUUAAAAAGUCCUAGGCCAAAAUGUAAUUUAAUCUCACUAGUCUAUGGUGGAAACACAAGAGCAAAUUUAAUGAGACUGCAGUUCUUUACUUGAAAAAUAUUACUGAGCAGCUGUGAUAUUAAGACACUGAGAACAAAUGGCCACCUUCUCUUUGGCAUGUUUUGUAGAGUGGGAAUAAGAGGGGACUUUGUAUUCGUUCAUACUAACACUGAAAGUGAUGUUAAAUUGGAGCAGAUCUGGUAUAAAAUGCAUUUAGUUUAAAAAAAAAUAAAAUGCAUUUAGUUUAUCUUGGAGAUGCAGUAAAACAGAACGAAACAAAAAAUUGGAAUGAAAUUCUUCCUUAAAUGGAAGUGUCUUUUUCAAGGUAUUCUGUUAAUUGCUAGACAAAAUACGAAAAAGAUCAUGACUGAAAGAAACUUGAUUUUUUUAUUACCUUGGAGACGAGAAUAUAAGAAGUUACUGUUCAUUCUACAUGUAUGUUCAUACAUACAUGUAUGUAUGUUCAUUCUACAUAGUUCAUUUAUUCAUUCUAUAAGUGUGUUUGAGUGCUUGUUAUAUAUAAGGUUUUUAAUGUUUCCAGUUCUCCCAGAGACAUGAAAAAAAUGAAUGUUUUCUUAGAGGACUUUUUAAAAAACUUCCUUUUAGACUGUUUUCUGAUUAGGGGCAUGGCUAGACCCUUAAUAAUGUGGGUUUUAAUUCCUGUUCUAUACUUCUUCUACCAUUCUGGCCACUACAAUAAGCAGGGUUUUCUAUUGGGCUAGCUCAUUAAGUGUGAGGAAGUUCCCUUAUAGUAGACACUUUAUUUUCCCUGGCCCAUCUCUCAGGAGAAAUGGCUGUGACCACUGCUAGGCAGAAGGAGGGAUGAAAAACAACUAAUUCCCAAACCCCAGUCUCAUUGGUACCAGCCUUGGGGAGACACUCAUACUCAGGCCACAAUAGCUUUUGAAAUGCACUUAUCAAUUUUACCUGCUUUUUGAUAGAUAUACUCUGCCUAAAUAGAUCUCUUUGAAGAACAGUCUUCAGAUGGUACAUAACAUAAUGGGAGAGACAUGAUUUUUCUUUUCCAGCAGGUUUGCAACUUAACCUUUAGAAAUCUCACCAUCAAAACAUGUAGAAGAAAGGAUCUCGUAUAGUGGAAUUAUGUCAGUGAAUAAAAGUAGCUUAAUUUUAGCAUGUUUUAAUUUUAAAAAUAAUAGAAAUUGGAAGUAAUUGGCAAAAACUGGAGGUAAAUGAUAAAAAAAAAACCCUCAUUCUAGUGCCCAACUGGGCUUUGACCUUUUCUAUUUUUAAAUCACUCACAAGAGGGUGGGAUUAGGAGGAAGAGUGAAAGAGAAGGUCAAAGCAUUUUGAAGGGCAGCCUGCUUGUGUUUUGAAUUGGUUUUAAGAGCAUUACCUCCAAGUCUAACUAGGAGAUUGCUUUUUUUAAGUUUAAUUCAAUUCCAAUAACUGGUCAUUGUUGAAAUGAGGACACAGUAGUUUGUUACCACUCACUUCUAUAAGUUUUUGAGAAACAAUUUUGGACUAUAUAUUUAUCAACUAAAUUCUAACAUUUGGCUUUUAAUAUGUGGUGCCAGCUGGAUUCUGUAAUGCUCCUAUUUUCAGGUUGGGGUCGGGAAUUACAUUAUUGGAAACUGGAAAGGAGAAAGUAACUAAAAGCCUUCCUUUCACAGUUUCUGGCAUCCUAAGACUCAUAAGAAUAAGAACAUGCUGUCAUCUGAUUUUUAUGGCAUAAAUGAAAUUGUGAACAAAGCCGUCUUUAAAGAAAUAGCCUCGUCUCUACCUUUCUACCUAAAAGGGAAUCUAUGCCAAAUACUCUGAUAAAUGGGAAGAUACACUUGGACUUGUGAACUAAUGUGAAAUGCAGUAUCUUUGAGUUUUGAGUGUUUUGAAGAUUGAAAAACCUUGCUCAGCGUGAGUGACCACAAAAACAAUGUAAAGCCAUCUACAUGUCACAGCUGAGAGAAAUUGGGGAAUGUUGUCUAAUGUCAAAUAAAAUGUACUGUUUUGAAA